UCUGUCAGAAACAACUAGCGAAUCCACACACAGACCUGUUCGAUUCCACCUCAGCUAUCCGUCAGACUGCUAGGGGCAGCACGGAAUCUGUCUAGUGCGUGUCUUGUGCAUCUGGCCCAUGUGGUGAAACAGAAACGCGGGCUUGCUUUUAUUUAUGUCUCACGUGCGUAAAGUGACCGGCAUAGCAUAAACCGUGUUGAUACCCACCAGUCAAACCCUACCGGAGACGAGUUGUCUCCCGAUGAAGAUCCUGGAGGACGUCAGUCUGGACUCGGGGUACGGAGCCUCGGACUCCGGUAAGUCUCUGAGCAUCUCCUCUUCCAGAUCCCGACACUCCCAGGGGCACGCUAGCUCCCCGCCGCCGGGGACAUGGUGGCACCACGCCGGCUCUCUGAACAGCAGGACCGGGAACAGCGGGACCGGGAGUUGGGACACGGACAGCGCUGGACCGGAGGACACGGAGGACAUUCUCUCUAAAUGCCCCCGGUUACCGGAGCUGGAAGAAUACCCCUGGACCGAUCAGGAGGUGGGUGACGUCAUGCGUAAAAACGGCAUCGAAGACUCCGCGUUCUCUGCAGACGCUAUCCACCGUCUGUCUGUGCUUUUGCGGAGAGCUCUUGUUCGGAUCUCACGUGAGACACAGAGACUCGGCGAGCUGCAUCGGCGAUGCACACGUUUUGAGGUCCAGAGUGCUGCGAGGCUGGUGUUGAGCUGGGGGCUCGCGGAAAGGUGCGUGGCGGGGACGGUGAGGGCCAUCUCAUUGCACUGCAUGAGAUCCGGUGACACGCGCCGUAAACGGGGCAAAUCCGAACGCUGCGGGCUGACUCUCUCCGUAGGACGUUUUUUCCGGUGGAUGGUGGACACCCGUGUGUCCGUCCGUAUCCACGAGUACGCCGCAAUAUGCAUGACCGCGUGCAUAGAGAGCCUGGCAGAGGAGGUGGGCGCGCGGGUGCGCAUGGUGAUGGCGCACGAGAGGGGCCGCGGGGAAACCCAGGUCACAGUGACCGCCGAGGUCCUGGAAGGGCUCGUGAGCAAUGACACGGAGCUUUGGGGGGUCCUGCAGAACUACGAACACCUCAUUUGCGGUAAAAACGCCAGCGGUGAGUUGUCGGCUCCAGGCCAGGUGAUCUGCUCCCUGCAGGGUGCCCAGGCUCCAGGGGGGAGCAGGGAGGACGUGUACCUGCAGAUGGAGCUUAGCAGCCUGGAACAUGCCCUGCUUUCCACCUGUGUAGGAACCAUCUCAGAGCUCAGUGACCUGGUGUCUCGGGCCAUGCGCCACAUGCAUCGCUUCCGAACAGUUGGCCCCACCCUCAGCCCUGCUCGACCAGCCAAUCAGCAGCCAGUAUCCUGGGCCUCGGACGCCCUGCACACUCUCUUCUACUUCCUGUCGUCCCAGGAAGAGUCCCUGGAGAACCCCCCCACCAUGGCCCUGCACAGAGAGAGGCACUUCCUGUUCCUCCCCCCUCUCGUGGAGUGGAUCCGAAUUGCCGUGGCGCAUGCUGAGUAUCGAAGGAGCCUAUUGGUGGACAGUGAUGAUGUCAUGCAGACGUCUCGCCAGCUUGUCCCAGGGCUGGACUGCAAGCCCCGACAGCUGUGGCCAGAGUGCCUCCCCGGCUGCAGAGCGGUGCCUGUGGAGGUCCUCUGGGCCGGCCUACAGCAAGAGCAGGGCUUCAGGAUGCUGGCCAGCGGGAGGCCCGACCUGGUGACCCCAGCCUUGCUGCUGCUGGGGGAGGAGGGGGUCAACACCCUGGACCUGCAGGGUCUGAGUCCUCUGAUGUUUGCCUGUGCUUCUGGAGACGAGGCUCUGGUCCAGAUCCUGCUAGAGGCUGGGGCCCAGCUAAACCUGCAGGUACCAGGAUGCUCUCCCAGACAGCCCUCCCUCCAUCCAGACACCCGGGGCUGGACGGCCCUCAGCUUCGCUGUGCUGCACGGACACCUCUCGGUGGCUCAGUUGCUGCUGGAGGCGGGAGCAGAGGUAGAGGGAGCUGCCAUGACAGACGGGCAGCACUGCUCCACAGAGACUCCACUACAGCUGGCCUCCGCCGCUGGUCACUAUGAGAUGGUGAGCCUGCUGCUGGUGUUUGGGGCUGACCCCCUGGUCAGGGAGCAGGAGGCCGGGGUCACGGGGUCAUCGCUGGACGAGGACCUCAACUGCUUCAGCUGUGCCACUGCUCAUGGACACAGGGACGUGUUGAUCAGGCUGCUGGGCCAGCAGAGGCAGCUGGGACCACACUCAGACAUCCUGUCCCUGGAGGAGAUGCUGGCUGAGGGGGUGGAGGAGGGGGCCCUCCCCCCAGGAGGCCAAGCCUCUGGCCUCCCCAGCCCCACAUCGUCCACCCCCAGUCCCCUCAGCUCCAGCCCCCUUCCCCGACUGUCCAAGCCCAGGAUGAGGGCUCUCCAGCAGGCAGCCUACUGCAGCGCUGAGCACGGCUACCUGGACAUCACCAUGGAACUGAGGGCUCUAGGCGUGCCGUGGCAGUUCCACGCCUGGCUGCUGUCUCUCCAGAGUGCCUGGCAGCUCUCCAGGGACGACGCUGUCCUCGCCCUCCUCUCAGACUUCCCCUCCCUCAGGCCGGAGGAGUACUGCGAGGCCCUGGUCUCGUCCGGCCUACCCCUGCUGUUCAGCAUGUUCGCCUCCAGCAAGGACUCUGAGGUGACCAGGAGGCUGGUCUCCAUCUUCUCUCACUGCUACAGUCCUGCUCCCAUUCCUGCUGUUCCUCCUCUGGACCCCUCUCUCUCCAUCCAGCUAGACGCUGUGUUUCUGAACAGCGAGGAGAUGUCUGACGUGACGUUCCUGGUGGAGGGACGGCCCUUCCACGGACACAGAGUCCUGCUCCUGUCAGCCUCUGCCAGCUUCAGAUCUCUGUUGGGUCCAAGUGGGUCUGGCGGUUGCCCUGACAACAGGAUCAUCCACGUCAGUGACAUCACGUAUGGAACGUUCGAGAAAAUGAUGUCGUCUCUAUACUGUGGAGGGACAGAAGGACUGACCCUGACACAGGAAGACGCCAUGGAGUUGCUGCCAGUGGCCUGUCUCUUCCAGCUGGGGGCGCUGCUGAGGUGCUGUGAGGCGCUUCUCUCCCAGAGCGUCACCCUGGAUCGCUGUGUUGGGCUGUAUGAGGCUGCUGAGGGCUUUGGGGGGACAGAACUCAGGAGGUUCUGUGAAGGGUUCUUCCUGCAGAACAUGGAGGAACUCCUGGAGAGAGAGGACUUCCACAGACUGGUGCUGGAGGCCCCCCCUCCCCUGCUGUCAGGCCUGGAGGAGACCCUGGUGGAGAGGCUGUGCUCCUUCCACCCUACCUGCAGGAAGUGACAUCACACUGAGGAAAUGGCCUGUGUGCAAAACAUCACACGUGUUGAACAUCAUGCGUGUAAAACAUCACACGUGUAGAACAUCACACGUGUAGAACAUCACAUACAGCUCAUGUGCCCCCUCCUGACAAAAAGGAAAGCUCAGAGCAGCUAAAAGGUGACCAGCCUGGGAUGCCUGGGACACACUGGCUGCGAAGCACCAGGAAGCAUCACGAUUGGCUACGACUGGCUCGAGGCGCUGCCGCCCUCCGCCAUCCCCUUCUCCCCCAUGCUGUCUGUAUGUUCUAUCCAUCAGGGGGAUUCUAUCUCUAUUGCUCCCUGCCUCAUAUGUCAUGUGGGUCGCAUCGAGGAGGCAGGGAGCGCUUCCAUUAGAUCAUCCACUCCACCAAGGUCAAGGAGAAACACUGGUGCCCUAUCCUUCCUAUGUUUUUGUAAAGCUCUCUCUUGGAAGUCGCUUUGGAUAAAAGCGUCUGCUAAAAAUGCAUAAAUGUAAAUGUAUGUAACAGUAUCUGCUCCUUGGGUUGUGACACUAGAAGAAAGACAGAUAGAGAAGCCUUCAUUGUCCUUGUAUUUGCAUACAAUGAAAUUUGGAGUGCAAUCAGCACUUCUGUGGAAAUCAAGUAUAGAAGGAUACAAGUCAAGACUCGCUGAUACCAAGGAUAGGGGUUUCAAGUAAAAACCUGCCCACUCCAUGGAACCGUGAGCUUGCAUUGAGGAGGCAGGGAGUGCUUCCCUUAGA